CCGGCUCGGCUCGUCCUCGUCUCAACUUCGCUCGCGUCCCCGUGGGCGAUCACAUGCUCUGCCCAUCCUCCUCCUCCAUCACAAUCCCAGAUCCCCCACCCCCCACCACCUCAUAAAGACCAGAACCAAACCCAAAAGCAACCAACACCAGCGCAGCGCGGCGCGGCGCGGCGCAGGCACGCACGGCAGCGGCGGCGGCGGACGCGGCAGCACGAGCAGCCGCCUCCUCCAAUCCCACUCGCUCGCGCGCAGCGGGGGAACGGGAGACAGGGUGGGUGGGGGUUGGAGGGGGCGCAAUGCAGGAGCCUAAGCCCGCCGAUCCGGCCGCGGCGGCCAUGCGCGGGGGGCACCACCGCCGGGCCAGAUCUGAGGUCGCCUUCCGCCUGCCCGACGACCUCGACCUCGGCGGGGGCGGCGCGGGGGCGUUCGACCAGAUCGGCUCCGAGGACGACCUCUUCUCCACCUUCAUGGACAUCGAGAAGAUCUCCUCCGGCCCCGCCGCCGCGGCCGCGGGGGGCUCCGACCGGGACCGCGCCGCGGAGACGUCCUCGCCGCCGCGCCCCAAGCACCGCCACAGCAGCUCCGUCGACGGCUCCGGGUUUUUCGCCGCCGCGCGGAAGGACGCCGCCGCGUCGCUGGCGGAGGUCAUGGAGGCUAAGAAGGCCAUGACCCCCGAGCAGCUCGCCGAGCUCGCCGCCAUCGACCCCAAGCGCGCCAAAAGAAUUCUAGCGAACAGACAAUCUGCAGCUCGGUCAAAAGAAAGAAAGGCUCGUUACAUAACAGAACUUGAGCGAAAGGUUCAGACUCUUCAGACUGAAGCUACUACUCUCUCAGCACAACUCACACUAUUUCAGAGAGACACAACUGGGCUUUCUGCAGAAAAUGCAGAGCUCAAGAUACGGUUGCAGGCCAUGGAACAACAGGCUCAACUGCGAGAUGCUCUAAACGAUGCACUGAAGCAGGAGUUGGAGAGGCUCAAGCUUGCCACUGGUGAGAUGACAAAUUCCAAUGAGACAUAUAGCAUGGGAUUGCAACAUGUCCCAUACAACACUCCCUUCUUCCCGCUCUCCCAGCAAAGUGCACCCCGCCAGAAUGGUGGUGCCCAGUUGCCACCACAAUUCCAAGCACCCCGCUCUAAUAUGGCCAAUCACAUACUAUCCCACCCAAACGGUUUGCAGGACAUCAUGCAGCAAGACCCUCUUGGCCGGCUCCAGGGUUUGGACAUCAGCAAAGGGCCUCUAGUUGUGAAGUCAGAGAGCAGCUCGAUCUCUGCAAGUGAAAGCAGCAGCACCUUCUAACCAGGCCUACGCACCGAGAGCCAUAGUUUCACUAGAUUCGUUUGUUCAUAGCCUGACAUCCUCCCGCUGCUCCCUGUUCUGUAAGCUUAUUAUUCAUUCAAUUCGUUCGAUUUAGUUGAAAUUGUUUGUAAUUGCAGUGGCUGAUCUAUCCCCUUCUGUGGACAUGAUUCCCGCACUCCUCACAAACCAUUUGUUUUGGGUUCAUUUCCUGUGUGCUUUGUUGUUUGGGAUUACCAGGGCAUCAGGAAUGGCUUUCUGCGAUAAUACUGUUGUUCUUUGUAGUUGUGUGGACUUUGUUCACCAUGGAUUCAAUUCUACCUUUUGAAAAAGAUGCAUGUAUUCUCUGACAUUUUUUUCUGAGUCAUCUACAUCACGCUGUGAUGCUAGUUUGACUGGUGUGUACUCUGGAAUUUGAGGAUAAAAAGUUCAGAUUGGGACUGCUGUGGAACCAUUCGUAUCGUCUCGUCUGUGACUGUUGGUGUGAAAUCGUUCU